GAAAUUAAGAUUGUGAACGUUAUGAUUCAGGGAGAAAAUGUAUAAAUUGAGGACAGGGAGAAGCUCGGAGGUGAAAGUUGGAUAAAUGCAGCCUUAUGAAGCGGAAGCACCAGCUCCUUUCUGAUGCUUUCAAGGCCAAGAAGCGACGGCCAGCUGUGAGUGACGGAUCCGAGCCUUCAGAACAGGAAGGCCCUGCGGCAGUCGAAGCUGCUCUUCAGAAUCUGGUAUCUCUCUUCCCUCGCAAAGUAUUUGAAGAUUCCUUGCCGCCUUUGAUUCUGAGGCAUCAGAUCUACAGUCUUGUCAAAGAUCGGACAGUUGUUGACAGAUAUCUGAGCCAGCUGAAAAAUGAGGGCCGGAUCCGAAUGUUUCAGCACAGCUUUGAAGCGGAUUUUUUUGUGGUGGCAUUCACAGACAGCUACGUAUCUAAGGUGCAGGAAUUUGUAGCAGGAAAGGAGUUUGCCAGGACAGUGAAGAAGUUUUUAGAUUCGGUCCUUACCACCUGCCCUGACAUCAGUUUCGACAAGAAAAGGAUGUUGAAAGACUUCGGCUUUAGAGACACAGAAAUCACGCAGCUGGUGAAUGCUGGAGUCUUGACUGUCCGUGAUGCUGGGAGCUGGUGGCUCGCCGUGCCUGGAGCAGGCCGCUUCAUCAAAUGCUUCAUCAAAGGAAGGAAAUCUGUCUUGGGGAUGAUCCAGAAAUCCAAAUACAAGGAAGUCCUCCUGAAUGAUUUGCAGAGCCGUCAAGCACCCAAUGCAAUGAAACUGGGCCUUCCCUACCAUAUUCACGACAUCAUUGGAGCCCAGCUGGUUGAGUGUGUGCCAACGACCUCUGGGACCCUCCUGCGACUAACAGAUGAUUAAAAAUGUGCCAAGCAGAGAACUGUGCCCCAAAAUAGACUAUUUUGCCUUCAGAUUUUUUUUCUUUUACAUUAGGAUUCGGGGUCUUCUCCAUGAGCCCCUGGCAUUCAUGGGACCAGAAGAAACUUUUUCCUCAGCAAAGUAACCUUCACUGAUCUAGAAAUUGCACUUAACAUAGGAGCUCCUUGUAGGGAGCCAUCUUAGACGGAUUGGGACUGCCCAUAGUAAUGGUCCCAUGCAAGGGCCUGAAUAAAAUAAAAAUAAAAAAUAAAAUAAAAUAAAAUAAAAUGGAGGCAGGCCUUGUCCAUGAAUUGCAGAAGCUGAAGUCAGCUGAAAAUGCUCAUUGCAAGAUAUGCUCCCGAUUGAUUCCUUGAGUACGGUGUUAGGUAUUUAUUCUGUAUAUCUUGCGUAGGGGUGUACAUUGGGUAUGAAUUUUGUUACUUGUUGCAAAAAAAAAAAAAAUUGAAAGUGUCUUUAAACGAAAUUAAAGUCCCAAA